GAGCAGGUCAUAGUGAUGACGAAAAUUGGUUGAGAAGGACAGCUGAAUUUGAAGCUGAAUUAAAGAGAUCAGGUUAUAAUUUAGAUAAUAAUGAUGAUACCAAUUUUACCAGUGCUCCUAUUCAUAUCGAACCUUUGGCAAAUGAUAGUGCCGAUUUCCUUAGCGUCCCUGUUCCUAUCGAAUCUUCAACAAGUCUCAAUGAUCAUGGUUGGGCACCAAAACAAACAAUAAUAAUAAUUGCUGUCAAGAUGAUCAAAUGGAAGAAUAACUCUAACAGAAGAAACUAUAAUAACAACUAUAGUCGAGAUAAUAACAAUAUAAGAGAUAGUGCAAUAAGUUUUUUCAUUUAUAAAACUUUAAUUGAGCCUUUUUAUUUGUCACCAUUACGUAAAAUACCUGGUCCACCUUCUGAAAGUAUUUUGUUGGGAAAUUUUCCAACUGUUGCAGCUGACGAAAUGGUUCCUACAAUUAUCAAUGUUACUAAUAAAUUAAAUGAUAUGUUGAAUGAUGUGAUUGGUAAUCAAGAUGAAAAACUAAUUGUUAAUAUUAAUUCAUAUAUAUCAAAAGCUACAUUAGAUAUUAUUGGCUUAGUUGGAUUUCAAUAUGAAUUUAAUUCACUUAGUUCCGAGAAUGAAUUAGCAACUGCUUAUGAAGCACUUUUUAAUGUUAAAUUAACAUUCAAGAAUUUCAUGCUAAUGGUUAUUUCAAAUAAACUCAAAUGGUUUAGAUCUUUGCCAUUUGAAGAAAAUAUAAAAAUGACUAAAUCUGUUAAAGUUAUUGAAAGAAUUUCCUUACAACUAAUUAGAGAAAGACAAAAACAGGCACAAUUAAAAAAAUUGGAAGGAAAAGAUUUGUUGUCUUUAUUAAUCAAUAUUAAUCAAGACUUGCCACCAGAAGAAAAAAUUUUUUUCAUUUAUAAAUCUUUAAUUGGACCUUUUUACUUGUCACCAUUAUGUAAAAUACCUGGUCCACCUUCUGAAAGUAUUUUGUUGGGAAAUUUUCCAACUGUUGCAGCUGACGAAAUGGUUCCUACAAUUAUCAAUGUUACUAAUAAAUUAAAUGAUAUGUUGAAUGAUGUGAUUGGUAAUCAAGAUGAAAAACUAAUUGUUAAUAUUAAUUCAUAUAUAUCAAAAGCUACAUUAGAUAUUAUUGGCUUAGUUGGAUUUCAAUAUGAAUUCAAUUCACUUAGUUCUGAGAAUGAAUUAGCAGCUGCUUAUGAUGAAAUUUUUAAUCCUAAAAUAACAUUCAUGAAUUUCUUGUUAAUGGUUAUAUCAGAUAAAUUCAAAUGGAUUAGAUAUUUGCCAUUUGAAGCAAAUAUAAAAUUAAUUAAUUCUGUUAAAGGUGCUAUCUUUCUAUUUAAAGGAGCAGGUCAUAGUGAUGACGAAAAUUGGUUGAGAAGGACAGCUGAAUUUGAAGCUGAAUUAAAGAGAUCAGGUUAUAAUUUAGAUAAUAAUGAUGAUACCAAUUUUACCAGUGCUCCUAUUCAUAUCGAACCUUUGGCAAAUGAUAGUGCCGAUUUCCUUAGCGUCCCUGUUCCUAUCGAAUCUUCAACAAGUCUCAAUGAUCAUGGUUGGGCACCAAAACAAACAAUAAUAAUAAUUGCUGUCAAGAUGAUCAAAUGGAAGAAUAACUCUAACAGAAGAAACUAUAAUAACAACUAUAGUCGAGAUAAUAACAAUAUAAGAGAUAGUGCAAUAAGUUUUUUCAUUUAUAAAACUUUAAUUGAGCCUUUUUAUUUGUCACCAUUACGUAAAAUACCUGGUCCACCUUCUGAAAGUAUUUUGUUGGGAAAUUUUCCAACUGUUGCAGCUGACGAAAUGGUCCCUACAAUUAUCAAUGUUACUAAUAAAUUGAAUAACAUAUUGAAUGAUUUGAUUGGUGAUCAAGAUGAAAAACAAAUUAUUAAUAUCAAUUCAUAUAUUUCAAAUGCUGCAUUAGAUAUUAUUGGCUUAGUUGGAUUUCAAUAUGAAUUCAAUUCACUUAGUUCUGAGAAUGAAUUAGCAACUGCUUAUGAAGAGCUUUUUAAUCCUAAAUUAACAUUCAAGAAUUUCUUGUUAAUGGCUAUAUCAGAUAAAUUCAAAUGGAUUAGAUCUUUGCCAUUUGAAGCAAAUUUAAGAUUAAUCAAUGCUGUUAAAGUCACUGAAAAAAUUUCCUUGCAUCUAAUUAAGGAAAAACAAAAACAGGCACAAUUAAAAAAAUUGGAAGGAAAAGAUUUGUUGUCUUUAUUAAUCAAUAGUAAUCAAGAUUUGCCACCAGAAGAAAAAAUUUCUGAAUUAGAAUUAAAACAUCAA